CCUCUCUGGCCUGGGAGGAAGGGUGUUUCCUCUUGACUUUUUCCCUGCUCUCAGUAGGAAGUUGCAGCCCCGGAUUUGUGGCUGUGUUGGCCGUGAAGGGUUACAGCCAGCCCGGUGCCCGCUGUGGCCAAUGCCAGGGACAGGCUGUGUGUGAGCGGAGAACGGAGACACCGAGAGCUCUCGCUGCUGGCCGGGCCGGAUAAACCUCAUACAUCCCGGGUUCACAAUGACGACUCAAGUGACGCUGGAGGAUGCUUUGUCCAAUGUAGAUCUUUUGGAGGAGUUGCCAUUACCUGACCAACAGCCUUGUAUUGAACCCCCUCCAUCUUCACUUUUGUACCAGCCUAAUUUUAACACUAAUUUUGAAGAUCGAAAUGCAUUUGUCACGGGCAUUGCAAGAUACAUUGAACAAGCAGACGAUCAUUCCAAGAUGAAUGUGAUGCUGGAAGAGGGACAUGAAUAUGCAGUCAUGCUGUACACAUGGAGAAGCUGCUCCAGAGCCAUUCCGCAGGUUAAAUGCAAUGAGCAACCAAAUCGGGUGGAAAUCUAUGAGAAGACAGUAGAAGUACUGGAACCAGAAGUUACAAAGCUGAUGAACUUCAUGUACUUUCAGAGGAGUGCCACUGAACGGUUCUGCACAGAAGUGAAGCGACUGUGCCAUGCAGAGCGAAGGAAGGACUUUGUAUCUGAAGCCUAUCUUCUGACUCUUGGCAAAUUCAUCAAUAUGUUUGCGGUCUUGGAUGAGCUAAAAAACAUGAAGUGCAGCGUGAAGAAUGACCAUUCAGCCUAUAAAAGAGCGGCGCAGUUUUUACGAAAAAUGGCAGACCCGCAGUCUAUUCAGGAAUCUCAGAACCUCUCCAUGUUUCUUGCCAAUCACAACAAGAUCACUCAGUCAUUGCAGCAACAGCUGGAAGUCAUUCCAGGCUAUGAAGAGCUUCUUGCUGACAUAGUGAACUUGUGUGUUGACUACUAUGACAAUAAAAUGUACCUGACGCCUGGAGAGAAACACAUGCUUCUGAAGGUGAUGGGCUUCGGAUUGUACCUUAUGGAUGGGAGUGUGAGCAACAUCUAUAAACUGGAUGCCAAGAAAAGAAUAAACCUGACCAAGAUAGACAAGUUCUUCAAGCAAUUGCAGGUGGUCCCACUGUUUGGAGACAUGCAAAUAGAACUGGCGAGAUACAUUAAAACCAGUGCACAUUAUGAGGAGAACAAGUCCAGGUGGACCUGUACCUCAUCCAGCAGCAGUCCACAGUACAACAUCUGUGAGCAAAUGGUCCCGAUAAGGGACGACCACAUGCGCUUCAUCUCAGAGCUGGCACGUUACAGCAAUAAUGAAGUGGUGACUGGAUCUGGCCGCCAGGAAGCCCAGAAGACAGAUGGAGAAUAUAGGAAGCUAUUUGAUUUGGCCUUGCAAGGACUGCAGCUUUUGUCUCAGUGGAGUGCUCACGUCAUGGAAGUGUACUCUUGGAAGCUCGUGCAUCCAACGGAUAAAUAUUCCAACAAAGAUUGUCCAGACAAUGCCGAAGAAUACGAGAGAGCCACGCGGUACAACUACACAAGCGAGGAGAAGUUUGCUCUGGUUGAAGUGAUUGCCAUGAUUAAAGGUCUUCAAGUCCUUAUGGGUAGGAUGGAAAGUGUGUUUAACCAUGCCAUUCGCCAUACUAUAUAUGCUGCUCUUCAAGACUUUGCUCAAAUUACCUUGCGAGAGCCAUUGAGACAAGCCAUCAAGAAAAAGAAGAAUGUAAUUCAUAGUGUGCUCCAAGCAAUUAGAAAGACAGUUUGUGACUGGGAGGAAGGACACGAACCAUUCAAUGAUCCUGCCCUUAAAGGGGAGAAAGACCCUAAAACUGGAUUUGAUAUCAAGGUUCCAAGACGUGCUGUGGGGCCAUCCAGCACUCAGCUUUACAUGGUGAGAACCAUGCUAGAGUCACUCAUUGCUGAAAAAAGCGGUUCCAAGAAAACACUACGGAGUAGCCUAGAAGGUCCCACCAUAUUGGACAUAGAAAAAUUCCACCGAGAAUCUUUCUUCUACAUACAUUUGCUUAAUUUCAGUGAAACCUUACAGCAGUGCUGUGACCUCUCCCAGCUGUGGUUCAGGGAGUUCUUUUUGGAGUUGACUAUGGGCCGCAGAAUUCAGUUUCCUAUUGAUAUGUCUAUGCCCUGGAUUCUGACUGACCAUAUUCUGGAGACCAAGGAAGCAUCCAUGAUGGAGUAUGUGCUGUAUUCUCUGGAUCUGUACAAUGAUAGUGCACAUUAUGCUCUUACAAAGUUCAAGAAGCAGUUCCUUUAUGAUGAAAUUGAGGCUGAGGUCAACCUGUGCUUUGACCAGUUUGUCUACAAACUAGCGGACCAAAUAUUUGCUCAGUAUAAAAUUGUAGCCGGAAGUCUUCUUUUAGAGAAACGAUUACGAACAGAUUGUAAAAACCUAGGAGCUAAUAUUUCUCCACCAACAUCCAACCGGUACGACACUUUGCUGAAACAGCGGCAUGUCCAGCUUCUGGGAAGAUCAAUUGAUCUAAACCGUUUGAUCACUCAGAGAAUUACAGCAGCCAUGUACAAGUCACUGGAACUGGCCAUUGGACGAUUUGAAAGUGAAGAUCUGACCUCUAUUGUUGAGCUCGACGGCCUUAUUGAAGUCAACCGAAUGACACAUAAACUAUUGAGCAAAUACCUGACCCUAGACAGCUUUGACGCAAUGUUUCGAGAGGCUAAUCAUAACGUGUCUGCUCCUUAUGGCAGGAUCACUCUCCAUGUCUUCUGGGAGCUCAACUAUGAUUUUCUUCCCAAUUACUGCUACAAUGGUUCCACCUACAGGUUUGUACGGACUGUGCUGCCUUUCUCUCAGGAAUUUCAGCGAGACAAGCAGCCAAAUGCCCAGCCGCAGUAUUUAUUUGGCUCCAAGAUCUUGAAUCUGGCAUACAACAGUAUAUAUAGCUACUACAGGAACUUUGUGGGUCCUCCACACUUCAAAGUAAUCUGCCGCCUUCUGGGGUACCAAGGCAUUGCAGUAGUGAUGGAAGAAUUGCUGAAAGUUGUGAAGAGCCUGCUUCAAGGCACAAUACUUCAGUAUGUGAAAACAUUGAUGGAAGUCAUGCCUAAGAUCUGCAGAUUGCCCAGACAUGAAUAUGGCUCCCCAGGUAUAUUGGAAUUCUUCCACCACCAGCUCAAGGAUAUUGUGGAGUAUGCCGAGUUGAAGACUGUGUGUUUUCAGAAUCUUAGAGAAGUAGGAAAUGCUCUCCUCUUCUGUCUCCUUAUCGAACAGAGCCUGUCAUUAGAAGAGGUCUGUGAUUUGCUCCAUGCGGCUCCAUUCCAGAAUAUUCUACCAAGGGUACACAUUAAGGAAGGUGAACGUCUUGAUGCGAAGAUGAAGAGACUGGAAUCCAAAUAUGCUCCCCUUCACUUGGUUCCUCUGAUAGAGAGACUGGGAACACCCCAGCAAAUUGCUAUUGCACGGGAAGGGGAUCUACUGACCAAGGAGCGUCUUUGUUGUGGCCUAUCAAUGUUUGAAGUCAUUCUGACUCGGGUUCGGAGCUUUUUGGAUGAUCCUAUCUGGCGUGGGCCUCUUCCUAGUAAUGGUGUGAUGCACGUGGAUGAAUGUGUGGAGUUUCAUCGACUCUGGAGCGCUAUGCAAUUUGUCUACUGCAUCCCUGUGGGGACCCACGAGUUCACAGUGGAGCAGUGUUUUGGAGAUGGUCUGCACUGGGCAGGUUGCAUGAUUAUUGUGCUUUUGGGUCAACACCGACGGUUUGAUGUGUUGGAUUUUUGCUACCAUCUCUUGAAAGUGCAAAAACAUGACGGCAAGGAUGAAGUCAUCAAGAAUGUGCCCUUGAAGAAAAUGGGAGAACGCAUCCGAAAAUUCCAAAUCCUAAAUGAUGAAAUAUUUGGAAUCUUGGACAAGUACUUGAAAUCUGGAGACGGAGAGAGUACUCCUGUAGAGCAUGUAAGAUGCUUUCAGCCUCCCAUCCACCAGUCACUGGCUAGCAGCUAGAAUGCCUUUACCUACUGUAUAGCGUGCCCAUUGUAAUGCCUCUGUACAUGGACUGUAUUCUAGAUACUGCAAAAUGUGCUGCGUUCUAUUAACUUUUAACAACUGGGUGAUGUGUUGUGUUUUUUUACUAUCAUAAUAUACCAUUGUACAUGUGCUACCUAUUUUUCUAUCUUACAUUUUUUUAUCUAUCUUUCGGGCCUUUUGGGAAGAGCUAUUAACCUGACAGACAAAUAUAUUUUAUGACCUUAUAAUAAACUUUAGUCAAACCAGCAAUUUGUGUUUGGACUUGGUGACAAAGAAAAAGCUAAGUUAUAUUAAUUGAAUUAGAUUUAAUGCAUCAGAACACUACCAGCCAUAGAACAUGCCUUUCUUUUUCUUGCAAAUCAUUCCCAUACUUGUGCAUCAGGAUGGAAUUUGUUAGCAUUGUAUCCCUGUUUUCUUUUCUAUGAACAAUCAUAUUUUAGCUUUGUAAAAAAAAUAAAAAUAGAGAGAGAGAGAAUAACAUGUCAUUUGCAAUAACCAAGGGUUGUCUUAUUUUCUGUAAUAAGUUUGCAAUAAAACUUUAUAUUAACAUGA